GCGCAAACACGUCCCAAAGAGUGAUAUUUUCCAGGAACGACAGGGUUCAGGGGACUUAUUAUCAACGUCUUUAUCUCUCUAACUACGUAGCCUCCCAUCCCAGACUUUUCUUUUAAGUCUGGUCACUUGAGUCAAACUUGGCGACGAUGAUUAUUACGAUAUCAAGCCUAUUAGAUAGUGGCUUCGUCAUCGAGACAAUGGCCUAUACAUACAUAUAUGACGGGUUCAUUUCUCGACUUUCGAGUCUACCUACAUACGGUCUUUGGUGCUUUCUUUAUAAUUCGAGUUUUAAAGCAUGGAUGAAACCUCGUACCCCCGUACUAACAAGCUCUCAGGCGUCGUUACAUGCUACCUCGGCUCUCUACAUCAUCAUUCGAGUUAUUUUUCAACUUGUUCUCGUACUCAGACUUCACAGGACGAUAUUCUUGUGCCGGUGUCCGUCCCGUAGCUACGGGUUUUUAGUCCACGGGCUAAUGCCACGAUGCACUGUCUAAGACACUUGAAGCACACUCAUGUGGCAUAACCC